AUGUUGCGUAGAUUGUCUCGUAGUGGGCACUUUGAUGUGCGUCACCUACGUAUCCCCAGUCGACGAGAGAUCGCCAGCUACACGAAGCAGUACCGCCGUAGCCUCGACAAGCCAGAGGAAUUAUGGGCGGAAGCAGCACACGACAUUGAAUGGUUUAAACCCUGGUCCAAAGUACUCGACACCACGAACGGCUCGUUGUCGAGACGGUUCGUCGGGGGAGAGAUGAAUACGUGCUACAAUGCGCUAGACGUGCACGUGAACAGCGGGCGAGGCAACGUCGUGGCCUUACGUUAUGACUGUCCAUUGACAAACACCAAGCCGACGAUGACGUACAGUCAACUGCUGGAAGAAAUAUCUGUCUUUGCUGGUGGUCUACAGAAGCUUGGAGUCAAGAAAAGUGACCGUGUAAUGAUCUACAUGCCGGUGGUACUAGAGACGACGGUCGCGAUGCUUGCGUGUGCGCGGCUUGAAGCUGUGCAUUCGGUGGUGUUUGGCGGUUUUGCCACGUUGGAACUGGCUGCACGCAUUAUUGAUGCAACGCCCAAGCUCAUCAUCUCGCCAAGUUGUGGUGUUGAGCCAAAGGGGAUAAUUGAUUACGUGCUAGUGCUUGCUGAGAAUCCACUCUACAUCUUGUACACGUCGGGCACAACGGGCCGUCCGAAGGGUGUCGUACAAGAUAAUGGCGGCUACGCGGUUGCGCUGAAGAGGGCGAUGCGAAUAUCUUCGACAUCACCCAAGACGAUACAUUCUUUGCGAACUUUCGUUUUAGUAUGGCUGAAACGAAUUGGUACAUUGCUGACUCGCUGUUCUUGUUUGUGGUCUGUUCUGUAUGCAGGAAAGCCUGUCGGAACGCCUAAUGCUGGCGCGUAUUGGCGCUUGGUCACAGAAUAUGACAUCAAGUCCAUGUUUACAGCACCUACUGCGCUGCGAGCGAUUCGCAAAGAAGAUUCGAAUGGUUUGCCUUUAAAGGCAAAGAAGGACGAGAUCCGAAAGACUCGUGAAACGAUGUUCGUGGCAGGUGAGUGUGGUGACCCCAAGACGCUCAACUUUUUUCAAAGAAGCUUGGUGUACCUCUUAUCGACCACUGGUGGCAAACAGAAACUGGAUGGCCUAUCACUGCGCCAGAAGGAUGCUGAGCUUGUGGUAAAACUACCUCUUCCUCCAGGCGCAUUGAUUUCGCUGCACCAGAAGCCAGACGACUUUUGUGCUAAGUAUUUCAAGCGAUUUCCAGGUUAUUACCAUACUGGAGAUAUAGGACACAUCGACGAAGAAGGCUUCGUCUACGUAUGCUGCUGUGUCAUCAGCAUCUGUGUAUUGUUUGACCGAAAGAAGAGAUCAUCAAGCAAGUGGCGCGACGUGCGUGGGGAGAUGGGAAGCUUUGUGUGGUUGAAGGAUGUCGGUAUGGUAGACGCGCUUCCCAAGACACGGUCAGACAAGGUCAUGCGCACUACCAUCAAGGCAGUUGCAGACUCAGAUCCAUUCUGUGUACCGGCUACCAUUGACAAUGCCGCAGUGCUGGACGAUAUCCAUGUAGAGCUCCAGAAGCUUGGCUACGUCAAAACAAAGUCUAUUGUCACGGGCAAGUAA